AUGAAGACCAUUCUCUUGUCGGAGACUAUAGAUAUCCCAGAUGGCGUACAAAUCAAGAUAAACACCAAGAUCAUCGAUGUGGAGGGCCUGCACGGUAAAUUGAUAUGCAACUUCAAGCACCUCAAUCUUGACUUUGAUCUCAUCACUGACGAGGCCAUUGGCAAGAGAAAGCUAAAACUUGAGGCUUGGUUCAUAUCCCAGAAGACCUCUGUGGUGAUCCGUACUUCUCUCAACCAUGUCCAGAACCUCAUCAAUGGCACCACCAGGAGCUACUGCUACAAGAUGAGGUUCGUGUAUGCUCACUUCCCCAUCAACACUAGCAUCACCAACGCUAACAAGUCCAUCGAGAUCCGUAAUGUUUUGGGUGAAAAGAAGGUAAGAAAAGUGGAUAUGCUUGAUGGGGUGUCUAUUCUUCGUUCUGAAAAGGUCGAGGAUGAGCUAGUAUUAGAUGGGAAUAACAUUGAACUUGAUCUCGGUCUUGUGCCUUGA